GAAGGCGUCUAUUGUACGUCCUUGGAACUACCAUCUCGAUACCCAGCUUUACAGAUCUGCAACAUCUUAUUUUCCCCGUCAAUCGCCGUGUUAGUUUGCAUUUAGCUGUGUGAUACGUCUGGCUUUGUAAACUUCCUGCGGCUGCUGGGUCUAGUAGAGCUAGAACCCCGAGGAUUCCUUCCAGAGCUCGGCGAAUUACCAUUGGACUAGGAUACCUAGGCAUCUUUCCAAAUGACUCAGACUACUCUUUUACAAUACGAAGCUCCUUGGCCCGUGUACGCGCUUGACUGGUGCAAGCACUCAGCUCCUGGACAACAGCUUCGACCACGUUCAGCGUUCCGUUUAGGGAUCGCGUCGAUCACAGAAGAUUACCGAAACCGUAUAGCUGUGGUGGGAUUGCAAGACGAGAGGGUACUGGUGGAAGACGACUAUACCGAUUACGCAGACUUUGUCACGCUUGUCGACGCUCAUCAUGGUUAUCCCGCAACAAGCCUCCAAUGGCAACCUGCUGGUGCGAUGAGCUUCAAUUGGAGUCAGAAAGCUGCAACAUCUGAGCUGUUGGCAACGACUGGAGAUGCGUUGAGGGUUUGGGAGUACUCAAGCGAUGCGCCUCAUACAAUGUCUUCGUUCGUAGGGAGGCCAUCAAGCGGUGGGGGACAUAGGUUAUCAUUGAGGGCAGCACUGUCUGGGCAAAGUAAAGUGCAGAACAACUCAACUGGUGCACCACUAACGAACUUCUCCUGGAACGAGAAGUCGCCAAGUCUAGUCGUCACAUCUUCCAUUGAUACGACAUGUACAGUAUGGAACAUUGACACCUCUACCGCCAUCACUCAACUCAUCGCACACGAUCGCGAAGUAUACGAUGUCGCAUGGUUACCAGGAUCGACAGACAUCUUUGUCUCUGUCGGUGCCGAUGGCAGUUUACGUGCGUUCGAUCUUCGCAGUUUAGAACACUCGACGAUUUUAUAUGAAACUCCGGCACCAAAAAAUGUCCCUCCUCCUACUUCUUCACCGUCUUCUACCGCACGACCACACACAUCCCCUCUGCUCCGAAUUGCAUUCAAUCCUGCCGACUCAAAUUAUAUGUCCACUUUCCAUCAGGAUGGACAGGAGAUUCAGAUCCUCGAUAUGCGCAGUCCGGGCCAACCAGUCAUGGAAUUGAAAGCUCAUCGAGGACCUGUGAAUUCACUGGGUUGGAGCUCUACUGAGAAUCCUCUGCUUGCCACCGCAGGUGACGAUUGUCAAUUGCUUCUGUGGGACCUGAACGCGUUCACCCAAAUCGCAGCCCAAUCGCCGCGAAGCACGAGUGCAGGGUUAAGUUCUCCACGCCCUGACGCCAAAAAGCGAAUAGUAACAGACCCAGUAAUGGCAUAUACAGGACAGAGUGAGAUCGUCAACCUCGCUUGGUCACCCCAAAUUGCCGGAAUGGCCCUACCCACAGGACAUUCUACGGCUCCGGGAGAGUGGAUAGCAAUCGCAAUGGGCAAGUCUAUCAAGGCGUUGAAGGUUUAGGUUAUUGUAUGAAUGGGAUGUACGGAUGUAGAUGAUAUAUGUAUUUGUCUCGUUUCGUCGUGGUUUCGAUUCUCUUGCUAACUCGAUACAUAUCCUUUUCACCCAGCCUGAGCACUGCCUCGCCAUUGUGCUUCACUUUGACCUGUAUAAAGCUCGAGAACUCUCGAUAUGCUUUAUUCCUUACAGAUGGGAAGGAAAAUAUACCACAUUUACAUGUACAGGACCAAACAACUGAUCAUAAAGAAGUUUGAACGUUGCUUCUCCACAGAUGACAAGCUUCAAUUUAAACUGGAGUUUGGACGCCGUGACCAAGGCGGCAUCCAUGUCCUACUCGCAUAAGACCAGUAUAUCAGCACUAACGUAUUAACAAUCUGUUUGCAUCAGGCUGUCCCUCUCACCCAGGCCCUGUGAUCUUUCGGAACACGAGAUGCACUUUCGACUGCUUUACUGACCAAUGGAAUCCAUAUGGGUAUACCACUUCCAGCUGCAUUUCCCGCUGAUACAGGAGACUUUGUCCGCAUCAUAAGAUUCGCUUACGGAUUACAGACACCUUGG